GUUUUAGUGCACUCUGUCCCUCCCUCCCUGCCUGCUUUGGAUGAAUGCCUUGAGGGUUCAGUCCUCUGUCUCCCUCCUCCUUCCCUGAACUGAGCUGCAAGCUGCAGCCGCAGGCUUGGCUGGUUGGGUCAACUGUGCCGCGCCCUUCCUCUUGUUCCUGCUCAAUCUCACCUCUUUGAUGGCUUCAUCCCACUGCUGCCAGUGCAGCCUCUUCUUCACUGGCAGGCAGGUUCCUCUAGUCUGUAGUCUCUUCUGACCGGUGGUUGUUGCAGUUUUUAACCGUUCUUCCCUCUGACAGCCAGGCAUAGGUGGCAAAAUCCAGCGCCCUGUAGAUUCAGCUCCAUUCCCUGCUGCCUGCAGCUCCCUGUCAAUCUUUGGAAGCCGGCCGCAGAGCUUUCAGUUCUUGCCGCUCUCCUCUGCUCUCUCGCUCGCUCUUCCGCUCACCUCUGCAUUCCCCCCUCCCUCUGUCUCUAGUUUCCUUGCUGGCAAACGGACGAAGGAAACGGGCCAAGAUGGGAGCUUUAAGCAGCAUCGGCGUCGGGCUGGCCGUGGUGUCCUCGCUACUCCUGCUGGCGCUCACCGCGGAGCUCUACUACAUCUUCGUGCACAAGCGCCGGCAGCGGCGGCGCGCCGCGGCCGUCUCCGACGCGGCCUCGUCUCCGUCCUCCUCCUCCCGCGAGCUGCUCCAGCUCUUUUGCUUCAAGAAGCCGCCGCCGGAGCUCGCGUCCACCUACGCCGUCCCGGAGCCGGCGUCCGCCGUGGCCGUGUCAGUCGGCGACGACGACGACGACGACGGCGAGACGGUGGAGGCGCAACUGAUGCGGCUCGGCAGCGUCGUCGGGCCCACGCGGCUGCUGUUCACCAUCAAGGAGGAGACCCGGGAGGACCUCGAGUCCGAGGACGGAGGGCGAGGCCGGAGCCGGAGCCGGAGCCGCAGCCUCGGUGAGCUGCUGCAUUGCGCCGAGACACCGCCGUUCUUCACGCCCAGGGCCUCGCCAUCGCCCGUGCCGACGGCCUCGAUGGACAACUCCUACAACCCGCUCUUCGAAUCCCCGGCGGCCAGCCCGGUCCCUACCCAUGCCCCGACGGUGUCGCCGCCGCCAAAGUUCCAGUUCCUCAGGGACGCCGAGGACAAGCUCUACCGCCGCGCGCUGGCCCAGGAGGAGGCGAUGAGGGCGCGGAGGUCGCCGGCGGCCGCUGCCGAGGAGGAUGGCGGGUACAUCACCAUCGUGGUGGAUAAGAACAACCGCGUCAUCCCCAUGCCGUCGCCGUCGCCGUCGCCACCCACCGCCGCCGCCGGCCAUCAGUGAGCGCGAAACUGAUUAGCAGAUCUGUUCAGAUGGACAGGAGGCAUUCUUCAGUGUUGUGCUAGUGUAGUAGCUCUUGUGAUGUAGUGAAACUUUCUUCUUUUUUUGUUUGGCCUAUGGUCCUGUGACCAUGCCAAAUUUGAGUCAGUGAUUGGAUGUAUAUAACAUCAAAGCGAUGAGGAAUCGACAAUUUCAGUUCAGAC